UUCUUCUUUCGCAACUAAUAAAAGUUCUAUUAUUAUUUUUUUUAAAAUCACUUUUAUUUUAAAAUUUAAGUUAGACUGAAUAGACAAAAUUAAAUAUAGGUUGGAUAGAAAAUAUCCCAAUUCCGAUGCAAAGGCAGAAGUCAAAAGAAUAGGACCUAAACAAGGUUUAAAAGUAAUGGGAGAUAAUUUACUUUCACAUUUUAUGAAGGGUCGACCCUUGCCAGCUUUUCUCAAUAAUGUAAUAAACAAUAGCAUAAUUGAAAACAAUGUUACUUUAGAAGGUCCCUUAUCUUUAAAAAGGUUCGUUAAUUUGGAAUCGUUGGAUAUCAGUGGCCACAAAAUUACUAAAUUAGAUGUAUCCGAUUGCCCGCAUAUCCGUGAAUUACAUUGUUCCAGAAAUCAACUUACCAAUAUAGAUAUAUCUAAUAACCGACAAAUUGAAACCAUUUAACUAAUUUAGAUUUUACUGGAUUAAAUAGAAUUGAAAAAAUUUUUUGUUGUGGGCUUUUGGCUGCAAAUUAACAAGUUUAGAAUUUUUAAAAACUCUAAAUCC